CUUAUGUGGAUAGCUGGCUUACCCUUAGUAACGGACCCAAAAGCUUUCCAAGAACUGAACAAAGCUGUUGGAGCAGAAUCAGUUCAUGAGGACAGUGUCUUAUUGGCAAGUAAUUAGAGUUUUUCAUAAACGUGCAACCGGUGGGAUCAAUUUUCUUAAAAGGAAGAUGGUCUAAGAUGCAUAUUCAAGAUGCAUAUGCUCAACAGGCACUCUUCUAAGCAGUGAGAGUUUCACUUCAGUUUGAUUUGCAUAAUACACGUGGAAACAGAAUGCAGUUGACCAGUGAAAAGUUGCCCAAGGACCCCAUUUAUGCCUCUCUAUCCCAGUAUGCUGCCAGGAACUCCAGUUUCUUCCAGUGGUCAAAGGACAAGACUGACUGUUACAGCCAUGCUAAUUUGGUGGAUAAGGCAUUGCAGCUCUUGAAGGGAAGAAUAAUAAGAGGGGAUGCUAUGGCAUAUUUCCUGCGAGGUCAACUAUAUUUUGAAGAGGGAUGGUAUGAAGAAGCAUUAGAACAGUUUGAAGAAAUCAAGGAACAUGAUCAUCAAGCAAUUUACCAGCUGGGCGUAAUGUAUUAUGAUGGGCUGGGGACAGCUGUAAACGCUGAAAAAGGAGUGCAAUAUAUGAAGAAAAUAGUUGAUUCUCCAUGUCCCAAAACAAGACACUUGCAAUUUGCAGCUGCUUACAACCUUGGAAGAGCUUAUUACGAAGGAAAAGGCGUUAACCGAUCAAUGGAGGAAGCUGAGAGACUUUGGCUUUUGGCUGCGGACAAUGGGAAUCCAAAAGCCAGUGUGAAGGCUCAAAGUAUCCUAGGGUUGUAUUAUUCAACGAAAGAACCCAAGGAGCUAGAAAAGGCAUUUUAUUGGCAUUCGGAAGCCUGCGGCAAUGGGAACCUGGAGUCCCAGGGUGCCCUGGGGCUCAUGUACUUCUACGGACAUGGCAUCCACCAGGACACGGAGGCUGCCCUGCACUGCUUGCGGGAAGCCGCGGAGCGUGGAAAUGUCUACGCCCAAGGCAAUCUCGUGGAGUACUACUACAACAUGAAGUUCUUCACGAAGUGCGUCUCCUUUUCCAAAAGGAUUGCCGACUACGAUGAGGUGCACGACAUCUCGACGAUAGCCCAGGUCACGGACUGUCUCCCAGAGUUCAUCAGCAGAGGCAUGGCCAUGGCCGCCUUCUACCACGCCCGGUGCCUGCAGCUUGGCUUGGGGACCAUAAAGGAUGAAGCAACCGCCAAACAGUAUUAUUCUAAAGCUUGUCUUCUGGAUCCUGCAUUGGCAGAUGAACUUCACUCUUUACUUAUUCACCAAAGAAUUUAGACCACAAUGCAUUUCAACAAAGACCAUGCGUCCUAAUACCUUCAAAUGUGAAAAGCCGCCUCACCUGGAAUGUUUUCUAGCAGCUUCUGCUGGGCUCUCUGCUUCGUUUCCUGGCUUUGCUCUUUGCUUCUGAUU